CCACAGAGCUGCAGUAAGAGGAGGAACAACACUGGAAAGAGGACAGAUACAACGUCACACUCCAGAAAUGUAACAUGAGUGUCAGCCACGCUGCAGUGGAGACAAGUCUCUGUUUCUCUCUGAAAGAAAACUCAAACUGACUUUGUCAGGUCUUUCUCAACAACACAGCAGAGUCUCUGCCAAACACUGAUAUGGCUGCUGCAAACUAUCUGCAAUCUGAAGAUCAGUUUCUGUGCUCCAUCUGUCUGGAUGUGUUCACUGAUCCUGUCACCAUACCAUGUGGUCACAACUUCUGCAAAAACUGCAUCACUGAACACUGGGAUACUAGUAGCAGGUGCCUUUGUCCCAUGUGUAAGGAGGGUUUUAUCACAAGACCUGAUUUGAGGGUCAACACUUUGUUCUCUGAGAUGGUUGCUCAGUUCAGACGGUCAGCUCAACAGAAAGCCAGCAGCAGCAGCUCAAAGCAACAAGUGUUUAAACCAGGAAAAGUUCCCUGUGACGUCUGCACUGGAACCAAACUGAAGGCCCUGAAGUCGUGCCUGGUGUGUAUGGUCUCCUACUGUGUGACUCACUUGGAGCCUCAUCUGACAAUGUCAGGCCUGAAAAGACAUCAGCUGAUCGACCCUGUGGAGAACCUGGAAGGUAGAAUGUGUACGAAGCAUGAUAAACCUCUGGAGCUGUUCUGUAAGACCGACCAGACAUGUGUCUGCAUGCUCUGUACUGUUUUAGAGCACAAGAUGCACGAUGUUGUUCCUCUGAAAGAAGGAUAUGAAGAAAAGACGGUAGAGCUGGGGAAGAUAGGAGCUGAAAUUGAGCAGAUGAUCCAGAAGAGACGACUGAAGAUUCAGGAGGUCAAACACUCAGUUGACGUCAGUGAGAAAGAUGCAGACAGAGAGAUAGUAAAAGGUGUUCAGGUCUUCACUUCUCUGAAGGAGUUUGUUGAGAGAGGCCUGAAUGAGCUCAUCAACACUAUCACAGAGAAGCAGAAAACAACAGAAAAACAGGCCGAGGCUUUCAUCAAAGAGCUGGAACAGGAAAUCUCUGAGCUGAUGAAGAGAAGCACUGAGGUGGAGCAGGUGUUACGCUCUGAAGACCACCUCCAUCUUCUCCAGAGUGUCCAGUCCCUAAACAUCCAACAACCUCCACUCACCAAAGACUGGACAGAGGUCAGCGUCCGUCCAUCAUCAUAUGAGGGGACUGUGGUGAAAGCUGUGGAUCAGCUAGAGAAGACAGUCAGUAAAGAGAUGAAGAAGUAUCUCGAAGCCGAGCUAACGAGGGUCCUGAUACAGCGCAUCCUAAACAAGUGAAUCUUGGUGAAGUGAGGAAGAACCUCCCAGACAACCCAGAGAGAUUUUGUAAUUGUGUUAGUGUUUUAGGAAAACAGAGUUCUCUUCAGGCAGAUUUUGCUUUGAGGUUCAAGUUAAAGGAAAGACUAAAUGGGACUUAGGAGUGGCCAGAGAGUCGAUUGACAGGAAAGAGAACAUCCCAUUGAGUUCUGAGGAUGGGUACUGGACGAUAUGGUUUGGAAAGUAUGGUAUGGAAAGGAGUACAAAGCUCUAGCAGGCCCUCCAGUGUGUCUCUCUUUGAAGUCUCAGCCUCAAAAGCUGGGGUUGUUUGUGGAUUAUGAGGAGGGUCUGGUCUCCUUUUAUGACGU